UGGUGACCAAACCUACUACUAGCUCCUCCUACCAGCGGAUUACUAAACUUUACAAUCAUGUUGUUUGGUUUGAUGAAUUAUUAGUGAAAUAGUGUGUUUUGAUGAGUUUUGUUUUAAUUUGCUAGAUGAUCCUGUGUUAUCUCAGAAAUAGUCAAUAGUGAAAGAUUAGAGUCGAUCUUGGAAAAUUGUGACUCAGAUAAAAAGAUAUUUAUAGUCUGCGCUAAAAUGCGUAUUAGAAUAAGAAUGGCUGGAAAUAUGAUACAAAUGCCUCCAAGAAAGAAAGUAAGGUCCAUGUCAAUUACUUAUGAUGAAAAUGCAAAUGAAAAUAGUAAUUUGGAAUGUCCAUCUGUUAAAAAGGAAGAAGGUAAGGAGAUGGAUUGGCGUUGUAAUUUGAAAGGCAUUCGUGCAGUAAAUGGUUAUGCACUUAAGGAAGGUAUUCUAGCUGAUGUAACAUUUGAGGUUGGAGCUGAAGCAAAGCCAUUUAAAGCUCACAAAUUAAUUCUUGCACUUGCAAGUCCUGUAUUUGAAGCCAUGUUUUAUGGAGGAUUAGCAGAAAAAGGAGAGAAAGUUGUUAUUCCUGAUAUUGCACCUGAAGGAUUUGACUUUUUACUAAGGUACAUUUAUACUGAAGAAGUUUCUUUCAAAAAUGCAUCUGAAGCUUUCAUGACAUGCACUGCUGCUGAAAAGUAUUGCAUGCCUCGUCUGAAAGAACAGAGUGAAUAUUUUAUAUCUUGUUGUGAAUUGACUGCAGAAAAUGUUUGGAUUUUUCUUGAAAAUUCUCUGUUUUUGGACAUGAAGGUUGUGACUGAAAGGUGCUUAGAAUUUCUGAAGCGAAACACUACUCAAGCUCUUAAAGAUUCCAGUUUCUUAGACACUACAGCUGAAGCCAUUGAAAGAGUCUUAAGUUCUGAUUCUCUAGAAGCAAGUGAAUUAAUGUUGUUGAAAAGCAUAAUUCGUUGGGCUGAGAAGAGACCCAGUUCAAGUAAAGAAACUUCAAUUAAAGAGCAUCUAGAUCCUCUCAUGCGACAUAUCAGGUUUGGAAUAUUAAAUCCUGCUAGCUUUUGUACCUUUUUAGAAGAAGAAAAAAAUAUUUUUAGUGAUUCUGAUGCUUUAGCAAUUCUGAAGCAUUUGACCAAUCCUCAAACUUGUUCGCUUCCUGAGUGGUGUUGCUCAAAAAUAUGGCGAAGUACAGUUAGUGACCGAGUAAUGUCACCCUCAAGGAAAGUCAAGUCAAGUAUAAGACGUCCUUUACCGAGUCAGGCAUCCCCAAAAUAUGAUUCUUAUCAUCGUACUUCUUCCUGUGCAUCUCGCACUAGAAGUAGAAGUAGGGGUAAGCAUAGAAGACUUGCAUAUACUAGCAGCUCUUCUGAUUCCAGUAGCAGUUCAUCUCAGUAUUCCUCUCUAACUUCAUCUUCUGAUUCAGAUUGCAGCUAGUUCAACUGAAGUCUGUUAAUUUAUUGAGACUUGAUUCGUUAACAAUUUUAAUGUUAUUUUCAAAUAUUUUGUUCCCAGUUUGUUUUCAAAUGCACUGUUCUUGAGCUGUAUACAGUUUUUAAUUUUUUUUUUUUGGCUUGUUUAUUUAUUUCUAUUCCACAUUUUAAAUAUGUAACACAUUAUAUGCAUUUUAAAUAUAUAUAUAGGGAAAAGAACAGCUUUUAAGUUUUAAUAUUUCAUGUAUAGCUGUCUAUUGUACCAGUUUAUUAAUUCUUUGGCUGUUGUCAAAAUCUUCAACUGUCUCUUUUAUAUUACGAUAUUUUAUAUUUGCAUGUGACACUUAUUGCUCUGCAGUUGCUUUUAUAAAUGAUAUUCAUUUUAUGGCAAUGCAGAAAGUUAAGCUGUAUGCUACAUUUGUUUUUGUAAAACUUAUUUCAUAACUGCAGCAGAAGAUUUGGGGCUGAAGAUUUUCAUAACAUAGUAAAGUGUUGGUGAAAUUAUAUUCUUUGCUCAUUUUCUAUCCUGAAUAUAAAGAGGUGAAAAUUUCUAGUUAUUUUUUUUUAACUUGAAUCCUCAGCUGUACUUUUUUUUAUAUAAUUUGUUAGUUAAUAGACAUUUUUCAUUUUUCCUCCCUAAAUAUUAUUUUAUAUUUAAUGAAAGCUCAUCAAAGAUGUGCUUUUUGCACUACCAUUUCAGGAACAAAAUUGUUACCAAAAUGGGGAAUGAAAAAAGAAAGAUGGGUCUUUUCUUUUACAUUAAAUACAUCAUUUAGUUUUUAUAGAUUAUUUUUUCAAUGUUUUUUCAAAAGUAUUGUAUAAUUUCUAGGAAUGAAAUCAGCUGAUUUACAUUUACUAAGUUCUCCUUUGUAUCUUACUAAGCAGAAAUUCUUCAGUCCAGCUGAAUUUGUGUGUGUGUUGUUACACUGUGUACCUCAAAUGUGAGGUUAAACUCCUACAUCAUCAGUAAAAGAAAACUACAUUUAUACGUUAUUGUUCAGUUGAUGUGCAAGUCAAAACUGCUAAAGUAUAUUAGCAAGCUGAAUGUUAUAUAUAUGCAUAUAUGAUUUCUAUACUGUGUAUUUUGUAGUGUAUAAAUUGUUGAUUAUAUGAUGCAUUAAGGUAUGUGCAAUAGAAAUAAACUAAAUGGUAUCAUUUA